AUGGGCCAAAUACUGUCAAAUCCUAUAAUUGACAAGGAGUUCGCCUCGGGCGGCGAUGUUCUGAGUGCAUUCGGGCUGUGUGCCAUGCAAGGCUGGCGUAUGUCCAUGGAAGAUUCGCAUGUUUGCGCGACCAACAUCAGCGCGGGUGACGCAGACCACGUUGCUUACUACGCAGUGUUCGACGGCCACGGUGGAUCAUCGGUGGCCGCGUUUUGCGGCGACAAGGCCGCGGGCGUCGUGCAGGCGCAACCUUCGUUCCAAAAAAGCGCGUUUGCGCGCGCGCUCGUGGACGCUUUUAUCGCUACCGACAAGGAAAUUCUCAAAGAUCCGCUGCUACGCAACGACCAUAGCGGCUGUACCGCAACUACUAUGCUUGUUUCCCGCGCGCAGCAAAAACUGUUUUGCGGCAACGCUGGCGACAGCCGAACAGUGCUCUCACGCAACAAGUUAGCCAAGGCGCUUUCGUACGACCACAAGCCAACGCUGGUUGGAGAGAGAUCGCGUAUCGUUGCAGCAGAUGGUUUCGUUGAGAUGGACCGUGUGAACGGCAACCUCGCUCUGAGCCGUGCCAUCGGUGACUUCGAGUUCAAAUCUAACCCCAGCCUUCCACCUCACUCUCAGAUCGUGACAUGUGUCCCUGAUGUGGUCGAGCAUCCUAUAGACUACGAACUAGACGAGUUCGUUAUCCUUGCCUGUGAUGGUAUAUGGGACUGCUUGUCAUCGCAAGAGUGUGUCGACUUGGUCCACUAUGGUAUCAACAAGGGCAACAUGAACCUCCAGGACAUAUCCUCCAGAAUUGUUGACGUGUGCUGCUCGCCGACUACCGAAGGUACCGGUAUCGGAUGCGACAACAUGAGUAUCGUGGUUGUAGCUCUAUUAAAGGACGGCGAGACCAUCGAUGAGUGGUUCACCCGUAUCAGAAACAAGAAGCAUUCCGCCCCAGUCUCUUUCGAGGACAGAAGGCGUGCUAUAUUUACCUUCUACAACUUCCCCAAGGAUGACUCUGAGGUUUUCGCUGUGUCCACCAAGAAAACAGAAGAAAACAGCAACUCUAGCAAUGGCACCGGCGGUAACAGCAACUUCUCGUCCAUGAAUGACGAAGACACCGAUAUGGAACGCCACGAAGGCGCCCCAGGCCGCUCCCAAAUGGACCUAUUCUCGUUAGAAACCCUACUAGGUGCCAACGGAAUCCAAGUGACGCAGGGCGGCAACAACGUCUCUUACAUCCAUGGCUCCGCAUUGUCUGAGGUUUUGGCCUCACUGGGGGGCAGAGCUGGCGCUUCACAACAGGCCGAAGAGGAAGGUGAGUCCGACGAAAAGCCCGAAAAGCUGGAGGAGGUGAAGGAUUGA